GAUUCGAUACCCCGUCCUCAUAAGCAUUGGAAGAAAAAUGAUGAUCCCUGGCGCUCUCAUUUUUGGGAAUUUGAAAAUCGACGAGUCGCCUGUUUCUUCCUCUCUCUCUCUCUCUCUCUCUCUCUCUCUUUCUAUGCAAGACGAACUUUUAGAACAAUGGAAACUUUUGGAGAAAAACACGACACAACUAUCCAUCACUACUAAAAAGAUAAAAGAAUCUUUGGGAAAUAUUUGUGACAAGGUUCUCGCCGCGGAAAGUAAGAUUGAGCAGUUGACAACCCCUUUACACACUAGUGCACGAGAAAUUUUGGCGGAAAAUCAUUUCAAGGAGCAAAACAAUAAAGCGUAUAAAUAGCUGAAUCUAAUCACCAUUGCGUUGGAGAUAUAUAAGGCUUUAUGGCAAAGGUUUCGAGCGGAAUAGGAUGGCAUAUUUCUUUUAUCUUCUUAUUGCAUAAAAUGAUUUUUGGAAUGUGAAUGUUUUCCUAUUUUUCUUGUGAAAAGAUUAUGGAGAAAUAAAAGUUGUUAAAAUUGU